UUUGAAAGAUAUUAACCGAAUCUUUUAACGCUAUGUGUACUUUGUUGUCUUUCAGUCAUACUUACACAUUUUACAAGAUAUUCCAAAUGUACAAUAUAAGAAUUACAGAAAUUUCAUAUAAGUCGCAGCGAGAGCGCAGCGCAAUCGCCGUCUAGUGAAAAGGUUCCCCACAAAUACCCUGGUAACCCAGAGAAACGCAAAGAUACGGGUAGAUCAAAAACCAAUUUCAAACCUAAGCUGAAUUCAGGCGCUAAGCAAACAUAGCUUACCCAAGCAAUUAAAAUGUCAAAGUCCAUUCAUUCCAUGUCCGGGGCUUCGCAGGACCCUACACAUUAUAACUCAGUAGGCAUUUCGUGCGCAAAUGUUUUGCACAUUGAUGUUUGUAGACGGUGUUUUGUCACAACAACUGUAAACUGAAGGAAAACUAUCCAAACAGUUAUCACGAUAUGGUGUAAUACGUGUCGAAUGUUUGGACAGUGUUUGUUAAAAAUCAACGACUUGUUUUUGCUCACGGUGGACAUACAAGCCGGUAUUUACAAAGAAACUCCAUUUUCAAACCCAGAAUUUGGUGUCAAAAGGUGCAGUGUUUUUCAUAAACUCUGUCACAUAUGGCCAAAUAUGUUACCAGGAUAGAGCUAUACAUUUGUCAAAGCUUGGUUAAUAGCUUUUUAUUUAUAGUGUGAAUUGUUACUGUAGCAUUUUCACCUAUCAGAUCUGUUACUUCGCGAUCUAAAAAUGAUAAUCUGUGUUGGCGUUUGUCGAAGAUUUAAAAGUAAUAUAGCUGUUGAACGUUUGAUACGAGUUACACGUGCCAGACUUGGUAUGUCGGAGCGAAGGUUGGAUUCUGUCCUGUAGCCCAGUUGUUAUGAGGUAGGAAAAAACGUAUGGUGAUAUCCGGGUGGAUUUGUAACGUCUAGUAGGGCCAUGUUAAUUUCAUUAUAUGGAUGACAUCCACGUGCGCAUCACUUUUUGUCGAUUUCCAAAAAGCUUUCGACUGUAAAUCGUACAAAGUAGAUGAAAAUGGGCAAAACGUACCGUAUGCUGUAAAUUUCAUUAUAUGUUAAUUUCAUUAUAUGAAUGACAUCCACGCGCGCAUCAGUUUUUGUCGAUUUCCAAAAAGCUUUCGACUGUAAAUCGUACAAAGCAGCUGCAUCAUGAGUAAAUAUGCCGUAUACUGAAAACAAAAUCCGAAAAAGGAUGCUAAUAUCAAAGAACGCCAUUAUGAAUUACAAGCCAAAGAAGAAGGUAUGAAAAAUGAAAAAAGAAGAAUCCUGGUAUUGCCAUUUUCGAACUUUCAUAAUAAGCUAAAUAAAGGCAUUGGGGACAACUUAUUUCUCAUUCGCACGCUCGCAUCAGUUCCUGAGUUCAUUGAGGGUGCCACCCAUAUAAUCAAAUCAACGUGGCCUUCAGGGAGGGGUUGUAUUUGUAUGGAUUCGUGCGCAUGCGUGUCUGAGUAUAUUAGUUCUGCACGAAACGUUUCUUAUGCAAACCGUUUCAUAGUUACAACAAAUACAACUCGGAACUGUUGCAGACGACAGUUUAGGAAGCGUUUCUAGCAUGCUUUUUCAAUAACCGGGUUCCUUCUAAAGAACGGGAAAACAUAAGCCAGAGAGUACAGUUUUGAAUGUGACGAAUAUUGGACCUCCCUUAGUACUCUAUAGCCAGGACGGUUGUAAGAUGUCAAGUCAGUGGUUGCAAUACAGUGAGCGUUAUUUCAAAAUUGGUAGGUGCCCUGAGCAAUAUCAAACUUUCCUCGAAAACUACCACGGAUCCGAGAAAACAGUUGGUUGAUCAGUAGAGAGAUGGAAACCUGAGGAGUUUUCAUCUAAAACAAGCGGUUUCUUCAGAGAUCAGCAACGACAUCAAACAGAAGUAGUUGAACCAGACUCUUUUUGGGGCUCUACUUGAAACCACUACUACUGGUCUUUCCCUCGUUGUUAUGGAGCUCCGGAUUGUGACUAACAAAGUCCUGGCGGUGAACUUGUUGAUCCUGGGUUCUGUAGCCGGUGUGUGCAGUGGAGUCAGCUUCCUGGUGGCGUUAGACAUCGGUAGUAUCUUUUCCUUCGUCGCAGCCUUCACGGCACUUAUCAUCGGAAUCCUCACUAUAACGGAGAAUGAUCGCUUGGUGUGGAUGGCCAUGGUCCUAGCCUAUGGUUAUGAAGCCGUCUGUUUGCUGCACACCCUUGUGUUCUUGGGCAUCGUGAUCGGAGCCUGCAACUCCAGUCUAUACCUUACGACAGAAAAGGGAGGAUGCAGCCGUAGCAAGGAGUUUACCGGUAUCUACGCCUUCAACAUGGCGCUGACUCUAACCAACGGUGUUUUGUGCGCGCUACUCAUUCUCAACGUCUGUGGCUGUUUCAACAAACGAACCGAGAAGGCACGCCCCAUGUCCAGGCCAGUCACCAAGACGAAACAACGUCCUCGGUCUCAACCUCAGCCCCAAACACAAACACGGACACGGACAAAGAAACAGACACACACACAGCAACAGACUGAGACAAAGACACUGACACAGACACCGACACAAACUGAGACUGAGACAAAAACAAAGACACUGACACAGACACCGACACAGACACAAACUGAGACUGAGACAAAAACAAAGACACAGACACCGCAUAAGACGGUUCCGGCCCCCACAGAAACAGCCGUCCCUGAUACCAAGAAUAAGAGGACCAAAAAGAGCAAGCGGCCGUCCUCCAUCUAUAACUGGCCUUCAACUCCGAUACUGAGCCCUUCUCCAGGACGCUAA